AUGCGCAUAAGAUGGUGCAAGUGGAAAUCCGAGCUAAAGGAGUUAGAGUUGUUCUCAAUUCCACGUUGCUACAAGCCAAAGGACUUCGGUCCCAUCGCGAAAUCCGAGCUUCAUCAUUUCUCUGAUGCUAGUUUUAAGGGAUAUAGUCAGUGCAGUUACCUUCGCCUGGUUGACGUUGAUGGCAAAGUCCAUUGCUCCUUCGUUCUUGGAAAGUCGAGAGUUACGCCAUUGAAAGUGGUAACAGUGCCAAGGUUGGAGCUCACCGCCGCAGUUGUUUCAGUGAAAGUGAGCGAGCAAUUGCAUCGAGAGUUGGAUAUGACGAUCGAGAAAGAAUUCUUCUGGACUGACAGUCAAGUAGUUCUGGGAUACAUCGGCAAUUCGGUUCGACGAUUCCACGUAUUUGUGGCCAAUCGAGUACAGCGAAUACAAGAAAGCUCAUCGUUCGAGCAAUGGGCGUAUGUCGACACGAAACACAACCCAGCAGACGAAGGUUCUCGGGGUUUACGACCAAGCCAAUUAUCCAACUCUAAAUGGAUUAUCGGACCAGACUUCCUGUGGAAAGACCAAGCUGCCUGGUCAAAUGUGACGAAAGCAAGUGGAGACAGUCUGACACUCGCAGAAGAUGACCCCGAAGUGAAAAAGGUUGUUUCCUUCGCCAUAGUUGCUGAAGUGCCGUUUCCUACGUUACUAGAGCGAGUCUCGUACUUCUCAGAUUGGCAUCGAGCGAGAAAGGCGUUUGCGUUGUGUCUUCGAUAUGUAAACAUCCUUAAAACCAAAGUUAAGGGUGAAGAAUAUAAGCGCCAUAAAAGAACGAAGAACAUACGUAAGAGAGCUAUGAUUCCCGUUUCUGUUGAAGAGUUACGCCAAGCCGGAGUAAUAAUUAUUAAAGCCGCUCAACGCCAUGUUGAUAUGAGCGUUUCGAACUCCGGUCCUUUAGCUAACCUGGAUCCAUAUAAGGAUUCGGAGGACGUUAUUAGAGUUGGCGGUCGUCUUCAGUUGUCAAAUCUGGCCGGACAGUGCGUACACCCUGUAGUACUACCGAAAAACAAUCAUGUUACGGAUUUGAUUGCCAGAUAUUUUCAUCAUAAAGUUCAUCAUCAAGGAAAAGGUAUAACCCUGAGUGAAAUUAGAGAAAAUGGAUACUGGAUUCUCGGUGCGUCCUCGGUUGUCUCUCGAGCCAUAAGUAAAUGCGUGACCUGUCGCAAACUACGUGGAAGUGUUCAAGAGCAGCGUAUGGCCAUAUUGCCACCCGAUCGUUUAGAACCUGCGCCGCCCUUUACAAAUUGUGCUGUCGACUACUUUGGGCCUUUCAUUAUCAAGGAAUGUCGUAAGGAACUUAAAAGGUAUGGAGUUCUGUUCACAUGUAUGGCAUCGAGAGCUGUACAUAUCGAGGUCGCAGUAAGCCUUGACACAGAUUCCUUCAUUAAUGCACUCCGCAGAUUUCUAAGUAGAAGAGGUCCCAUUCGGCAGUUACGAAGUGAUCAAGGUACAAACUUUGUAGGAGCUAAGAGACAAUUAAGAGAAGCAUUGCAAGAACUGGAUCAUGAUAAGAUAAGACAGCAGUUGCAGCACGUCAACUGUGAUUGGUUCGAAUUCAAUAUGAACGUUCCUUCGGCUAGUCAUAUGGGUGGCGUAUGGGAGCGGCAAAUUCGUACUGUUAGAAAUGUAUUGUCAGCGAUUCUCGAAAGGAAUGCUGCCCAAUUAAAUCAUGAAGCGCUCGUGACUUUCAUAUGUGAGGCAGAAGCCAUUGUAAACAGCCGUCCCCUCACAGUGGAGUACAUUAACGACCCUAAGUCUCCAAACCCAUUAACGCCUAACCAUCUGCUAACCAUGAAAACUAAAGUAUUGCUACCCCCACCUGGUGUUUUCCAAUCGGCGGACAUGUAUUGCAAGCAGAGGUGGAGACGAGUUCAGCAUCUAGCAAAUGAGUUCUGGAUUCGGUGGAAGAAGGAGUAUCUACUGGCCUUGCAAGAACGACAAAGAUGGAAAAAAUCGCGCCGAGAUUCGAAAGUAGGAGAUAUCGUGUUGAUUAAAGAUGAUGGCGAAACCAGCCGCAACCAUUGGCAUCUGGCUAGGAUUGUGGAAGUCUACGAAAGUGCUGAUGGUCAUGUUCGUUCCGUGAAAUUAAUAGUUGCUGAUGGCACAAUCGACAACAAAGGAAAAUCUACUAAACAAUCAAGAUAUCUGGAACGCCCUAUCCAGAAGCUGGUGUUGGUACAAGAAGCAGAAGUCGUAUGA